CUCGGAGCCCAUUGAAAAGAUCAAGCAGUCUCCACCUGGAUGAUUAAACCGGAUGCUGUGGUCUGCGUGGUUCUGGAUGGUUUGCGGUGGUUUUGGUUGCGGCGGUGCGCAGCCAGUGUGCGGCAGAACAACAAUAGAAAGCAGAGCCGAGGAGGAGGAGGAGGAGGAGGAGGAGCACCACCAGCAGCACCAGGAGCAGCAGCAGCAGCAGCAGCGGAAGGACACCGAGGAUCCUGCGGGACGAAAUGAGACGCUGUAUCGGAUUUAGAAGCGAACAGAACCCCGUGAUGGAUAGCGGGACGACCCGAGCCUGAUCCGAACCGAACCUAAGCGUGUUUUUGUUGAGAGGAAGCGGCCGCAGCCAUGAUGGGAAUGCUGGGAAUCCUGCGCUAGGGAUCCGCGGCGGCUGGGCCCAGGAUCGGGAGAAAGAUGAGAAUGUCUUUUCGGAUCCUGCUGUUAUUUGGUUCCUGCUGGCUCAUUUCAGGCGAGCCGCUGCUCCUUUACGCCAACCGCCGGGACCUUCGGAUCGUGGAUGUGGCGCACGAGAAGGCCAACGCCACGGUUGUGGUGGGCGGCCUGGAGGACGCCGCCGCCGUGGACUACGUUUACGCCCAGGGCCUCAUCUACUGGAGCGACGUCAGCGAGGAGGCCAUCAAACGGACCUUUUUCAACCAGUCCGGCGCCAGCGCGGCCGAGACCGUGGUGCCGGGCCUGGCCGCCCCGGACGGACUGGCGUGUGACUGGUUAGGGAAGAAACUGUACUGGACGGACUCGGACACCAAUCGGAUAGAGGUGGCCGAACUGGACGGGUCUUUGAGGAAGGUUCUGUUUUGGCAGGAGUUGGACCAGCCGAGAGCGAUCGCCCUGGAUCCAGAACGAGGGUUCAUGUACUGGACGGACUGGGGGGAGGUCCCUAAGAUCGAGCGGGCUGGGAUGGAUGGAACCAACCGCUCCAUGAUCAUCGAUAAGGACAUCCACUGGCCCAACGGGCUGACGGUGGACUACGGCCAGCAGAAACUCUACUGGGCCGACGCCAAACACAACUUCAUCCACCGCUCCAACCUGGACGGAUCCUCCAGGGAGGUGGUGGUUAAAGGGGAGCUGCCUCACCCCUUCGCCCUCACCCUGUACGAGGACACGCUGUUCUGGACCGACUGGAACACCCACUCCAUCCACUCCUGCAGGAAGCAGACGGGUCGAGAGCAGCGGAUCGUCCACUCCCACAUCUUCUCCCCCAUGGACCUUCACGUGUUCAGCCCUAAGAGACAACCCGUCGUGAGGAGCAGCCCCUGUUCCCAGAGCAACGGAGGAUGCUCCCACCUCUGCCUGCUGUCCCCCAACAGGCCCUUCUAUCGGUGCGCCUGUCCCACCGGAGUUCAGCUGCUGGAGGAUGAGAAGACCUGCAGAGACGGUGCCACUCAGAUGCUCCUGUUGGCCCGGCGGACUGACCUGAGGCAGAUUUCUCUGGACAUGCCCGACUUCACUGACAUCAUCCUACAGGUGGACGACAUCCGGCACGCCAUUGCCAUCGACUACGACCCGGUGGAGGGAUACGUUUACUGGACGGACGACGACGUGAAGGCCAUUCGCCGCUCGUUUCUGGACGGCAGCGACGCUCAGUUCGUCGUCACCUCCCAGGUGAACCAUCCCGACGGCAUCGCCGUGGACUGGAUCGCCAGGAACCUAUACUGGACCGACACGGGAACGGAUCGCAUCGAGGUGACCCGACUCAACGGUACCAUGAGGAAGAUCCUGAUUUCCGAGGACCUGGAUGAGCCGAGGGCGAUUGUUCUGGACCCCGUGGCCGGGUAUAUGUACUGGACGGACUGGGGUGAGGUGCCGAAGAUCGAGCGGGCCGACCUGGACGGGAUGGAGAGAGUGGUGAUGGUGAACACUUCUCUGGGCUGGCCCAACGGCCUGGCGCUCGACUAUGACGAACGCAAAAUCUACUGGGGAGACGCCAAGACGGACAAGAUCGAGGUCAUGAACAUGAACGGGACGGGCCGACGGGUGCUGGUGGAGGACAAACUUCCCCACAUCUUUGGCUUCAGCCUGCUGGGCGAUUACAUCUACUGGACGGACUGGCAGCGCCGCAGCAUCGAGCGCGUCCACAAACACACCGCCGACAGGGAGUUCAUCAUCGACCAGCUGCCAGACCUCAUGGGCCUUAAAGCCACGCGCGUGCACGAGUCCUUUGGGACCAACGCCUGUGUGGAGAACAACGGCGGCUGUAGUCACCUGUGCCUAAACACGCCUCACGGCGUUCACUGCGGCUGUCCCAACGGCCUGGAGCUCAUCGCCGACAUGCAGACCUGCAUCGUCCCAGAGGCCUUCCUGCUCUUCUCCCGCCACACCGACAUCCGCCGCAUCUCCCUGGAGACCAACAACAACAACGUGGCCAUCCCGCUAACCGGCGUGAAGGAGGCCUCGGCGCUAGACUUCGAUGUCACCGACAACCGGAUCUACUGGACCGACAUCACUCUGAAGACCAUCAGCCGGGCCUUCAUGAACGGCAGCGCUCUGGAGCACGUGGUCCAGUUCGGCUUGGACUAUCCCGAGGGGAUGGCGGUGGAUUGGCUGGGGAAGAACUUGUACUGGGCCGACACCGGCACCAAUCGCAUCGAAGUGGCCAAGCUGGACGGACAGCACCGGCAGGUUCUGGUCUGGAAGGAUCUGGACAGUCCCAGAGCUCUGGCUCUGGAUCCAGCUGAGGGGUACAUGUACUGGACCGAGUGGGGCGGGAAGCCCAAGAUCGACCGGGCUGCCAUGGACGGAACCGGCCGCAUCACGCUGGUGUCGGAUGUCGGCCGCGCCAACGGACUGACCAUCGACUACGCAGAGCGGCGGCUCUACUGGGCCGACCUGGACACCACCCUGAUUGAAUCGUCCAACAUGCUCGGUCAGGAACGCGAGGUGAUCGCCGAUGACCUCCCCCACCCCUUCGGACUCACCCAGUACCAGGACUACAUCUACUGGACGGACUGGAGCCACCGCAGCAUCGAGCGGGCCAACAAGUCGAGCGGUCAGAACCGGACCCUGAUCCAGGGCCACCUGGACUACGUGAUGGACAUCCUGGUCUUCCACUCCUCCAGACAGGCCGGCUGGAACGCCUGCGCCUCCACCAACGGACACUGCUCCCACCUCUGCCUCGCCGUGCCCAGCAGCUUCGUCUGCGGAUGCCCCGCCCAUUUCUCCCUGAACUACGACAACAAGACGUGCAGCGCUCCCACAUCGUUCCUGCUCUUCAGCCAGAAGGCGGCCAUCAACCGGAUGGUGAUCGACGAGCAGCAGAGCCCGGACAUCGUCCUGCCCAUCCACAACCUGAAGAACGUCCGCGCCAUCGACUACGACCCGCUGGACAAGCAGCUGUACUGGAUCGACUCCAAACAGAACAUCCGGAGGUCCCAAGAGGACGGGAACCAGAGCGUAACGGUGGUGUCGAGCUCCUGGCUCGGACACGGACCGGGCCUUCAGCUGUACGACCUGAGCAUCGACAUCUACAGCCGCUUCAUCUACUGGACCAGCGAGGUGACCAACGUGGUCAACGUGAGCCGGACGGACGGCAGCAGAGUGGGCGUGGUCCUGCGGGGCGAGCACGACAAGCCGCGGGCCAUCGUGGUCAACCCGGAGAAAGGGUACAUGUACUUCACCAACCUGCAGGACCGCUCGCCCAAGAUCGAGCGGGCGGCUCUGGACGGGACGGAGCGGGAGGUUCUGUUCUUCAGCGGGCUGGGUAAACCCGCCGCUCUGGCCAUCGACAACCAGGCGGGGAAGCUGUUCUGGGUGGACUCGGACCUGCGGCGCAUCGAGAGCAGCGACCUGUCCGGAGCCAAUCGGAUCGUGAUUGCUGACUCGAACAUCCUGCAGCCGGUGGGCCUGACGGUGUUCGGGAACCACCUUUACUGGAUCGACAAGCAGCAGCAGAUGAUCGAGAGGAUCGACAAAAACACGAGGGAGGGCCGCACCAAGGUCCAGGCCCGGGUCGCCUACCUGAGCGACAUCCACGCCGUGCACGAGAUCGACAUGCAGGAGUACCGGAACCAUCCGUGUACGAAGGACAACGGCGGCUGCUCCCACAUCUGCAUCGUGAAGGGAGAUGGAACCACGCGCUGCUCCUGCCCCGUCCACCUGGUUCUGCUGUCGGAUGAGCUCACCUGUGGCGAGCCGCCCACCUGCUCGCCCUUGCAGUUCGCCUGCCUGUCCGGCGAGGUGGACUGCAUCCCCAACACCUGGAGGUGCGACGGUUACCCCGAGUGCGAGGACGGCAGCGACGAGAAGGACUGCCCCGUCUGCUCCGACUUGGAGUUCCAGUGCGACAGCCGGCAGUGCAUCGAGCUGAGCCUGCGCUGCAACGGGGAGGUCAACUGCCAGGACGGCUCCGACGAGAACAAAUGUGAAGUCCGCUGCCCUGCUGAGCAGUUCUCCUGCUCCAACGGUCAGUGCAUCGGAAAACACAAGAAGUGCGACCACAACAUGGACUGCAGCGACAACUCCGACGAGAUUGGCUGCUACGCCACAGAGGAGCCGCCGGCUCCAACCAACAGCACCAUCAGCUCCAUCGUGGCCGUGGUCAUGGCGCUGUUCGUGGUCGGCGCCAUCUACUUCGUCUGCCAGCGGGUGCUCUGUCCUCACAUGAAGGACGACGGCGAGACGGUCACCAACGACUUCGUGGUCCACGGACAGUCGUCGGUGCCGCUCGGAUACGUUCCGCAUCCCAGCUCUCUGUCCAGCUCGCUGCCAGGUAUGUCCAGAGGGAAAUCUGUGAUUGGUUCUCUGAGCAUCAUGGGCGGCAGCAGCGGCCCGCUGUACGACCGCGCUCACGUCACCGGAGCCUCAUCCAGCAGCUCGUCCAGCACUAAAGGCACCUACUUCCCCCCGAUCCUGAACCCGCCUCCGUCCCCGGCCACCGUGCGCUCCCAGUACACCCUGGAGUUUGGUUACUCCUCCAACAGCCCCUCCACUCACCGCUCCUACAGCUACCGGCCCUACACCUACCGCCACUUCGCCCCGCCCACCACGCCCUGCAGCACCGACGUCUGCGACAGCGACUACACGCCGGGGCGCCGGCCGCUCAAGUCCGCGGCCGCCGCCAAGGGCUACACCAGCGACCUCAACUACGACUCGGAGCCUUUCCCGCCGCCGCCGACGCCCCGCAGCCAGUACCUGUCGGCGGAGGAGAACUGUGAGAGCUGCCCGCCGUCUCCUUACACGGAGCGCAGCUACUCCCACCACCUGUACCCGCCGCCGCCCUCCCCGUGCACGGACUCCUCGUGAGCAAAGCUCCGCCCUCCCUCACUGUAAAUAACAAUUGUUUAUAUCUGAGGUAAAAAAAAAAAAAACAUAAAAACAAAAGAAAACAAAAACGGGAAGAGACUGAAGCAGCGAUGGAGCGAGGCGAUAAAAGGGAAGCGGAGGAAGGCGAGCUGCCGAACUUUUGUACAGAACAGAGAAAUCAUAUUUAUAUAUUUUCUAUACUGAUGAUGAUGAUGAUGCCAUAGAAUUUGUACAUUUUUAACAGAAGCUUUUAUUAAACUCGCCACAGAGCAAAAGUUGCCUUAAAGCCGGAGAGAAACGGCGCCGAUCAGUUGGACUCCUCUGAUGCCAAAUACAAGCAGCGGCCACAGGCCCCGCCCACUCAGAGGGCGGGAUGGCAUCCCGUCAGGAUGGGAGGCCGCCCCGUCAGCUCCGCACUGACCCAGCAGAACCUUUCUUUUUGUCCCUCUCCAGCCUCCGUACGGGGGGGCGCUCGCAUCCUGAUGGGAUUCAAACCAAAUCGUCUGGCGGCUCUUCUCCGUCGCCGUCUCACACGAGGAGGAAGAACCGCUCCUCAUCAUCAUCACAACUUGUGCCUGAGCAGUGCCACAACUCCAUGUGCUUUUAUUUUGAAACCCCCCAGAAACUGCAGUGCCCACAGAAUGCUCUAUAGUAUUUUUGUACCACAUACUGUGUAGAUACGUAUUUAUAAGCUAUAUAGAGAAUCAUUGUAAAUGUCUCAUCGACCUCCUGCAGCUCUUCUCAUUCCUGCUCUUUUUAUAUUCCCUCCUUCUAUUUUUCUACCAAACCAACAACUCUGACAAUCUCACAACAUAUCCAACUUUUUACCGUCGCUCUCGCCUGUGAUGCACUCUCUGCUCCUCGGCGUCAGGACGCAGGAGGUCACUUCCUGACCCCUUUUCCAGUCAGGCGUCGCCCUGAGAACGACCACCAGCCCGAAUCGAGACAAUCUUUCUAACGCUUUGAAACGGAACAAAGGAGCUUCAACUCAGAUUUCAGAUUUUUGUUUAAACUGGGGGGGAAAAAAAGCACACAUUCGGAGGAGUUUUGGGGGUCGUGCAGAAACGUGGUAACGAAGUUAGUGAACCUGUUUGCUGGGCAUCAGGACCUGCCCAGCGACCACUGGAAGCACUAAUCCAAACCAUUAAUAAGCUUUAACAUGUAAACACCUAAAUCUGGCUCUAGAGAUGUUUUAGACCCCUUCAGGGGACGUGCAGCCUCUCUAUGAUUCAUAAUUCUGGCUGUUUCAGGCUCACACAUGGUCUAAGCCUCCAUAUGACCUUAGAUGCGUUCUUCAGGGCGGUCCUGAACCCAUCUUGUCCUUCCAAACAUGGAAGUCUGCUGUCCUGAGUCUCUGAACAUUCUAUACACCAAGUUUAGUCCUUGUUUGACCUCCAUACAUCCAGGUUUUGGUCGUCCUGAGUCUGACAGUGUUUCUUGGAGUUAGAAGCCUUAAUAUUUACGAUUUUGUCAGCCUGAGUCUGUGUGACAUUUGCUGAGUUCCAGUACAGCAUAAGCACCUAGUUUCUGGGCAGACGUUGGACGCCAUACCUGGUCCACGGCUAGUUUUUUGGUCGUCUUGAGACUCCAUACAGCCUCCAUGCGUCCCGCUGAAGAUGCCUGUAUUUCAGCCCUGCUCCUCUUUUCUGUCGGAAAGGUUCUCGUUUCUGCACUUUAGAACGUUUUUUUUUUCUUUAUUGUCUUUUAUCCGGUACAAAAUGACUGAAACCGACGAUGGGCGGACUUUACAGUCUGCUCUGCAAUCGGUUUGUAAAAUCUGAGACAUCAGAUAUGAACAAAACUCUUUAAAAACUUGUUUAAGCUGAACUGGAAUCAAACCUGUGAUCUGAUUUUAUUUUUUUAAAGCCACUAAAGAACCAUAUGAGGGAAAUAAUUCAGUGACAGUAAAAUAAAUGAGAACUUUGAUUUG